UCACACGCUGCUAGAGCUGAUCGCGCUGCUCGCUUGUAGCGCUCGUAGCAGACGAGGGGAAUGCCACACAGAAAUGGCGCUGAUGGGAUUGCAAGCAGCAUGAAAUGCUGAUGCAUUGCAUGGCUCACCAUCUGCCACUGCCAGGACUUCAUUGGGAAAGGACAAUGGCGUUAAAUUAGAUCGUUUGUUUAAUACAAAUCUACAGCUUCCUCCCGGGAGAGUUUUCGUCUUGUCAGCGGAGAAGAGAAAAUCACACCGGGAGCAUGGCUUCUUACAGCAACCAGUACAUCUUUGGGGAGUUCAGCCCAGAUGAAAUAAACCAAUUUUUUGUUUCUCCACGUUGCCAUGUAGAGCUUCCUCCAUUCAAUGACAAAGUCUCCUGUGUUAAUCAGUCUUCAGGAAGUUACUGCACUCCUGCUGUACCUUAUAUUAUGGAGUCAAUGGGACUGCAGGUUUGCGCAGAAGACUAUCAGCACAUUGAGUUUGGUGUUGAUGAGGUAAUUGAUUCCAAGCCUAUUGGGAUCAAUGAUUCAUUAUAUAAGGUAUCCAGCAACCUCAACCCUCAGGCUCCAGAGUUUAUACUGGGUUCCCAGUCUGGCCCGAAACCUCCCCAGACGGUCCACACCGCUGAUGUCCCUGAUGGAGCACACUUCAACUCACUUGAUGGUCCAGAUUCAGAUAUCUCGGGCUUAAAUAAUCAUCAGGCUUGUCAGGACAUGGAUGGUGGUUCUGGUGCCCUGGGACAACGAGAGAGAAAGAAAAAGAAAAAACGGCCGCCUGGAUACUACAGCUAUUUAGACACAUCUAGUAGUGGUGCACCAGAUGGGACACCUGUGACGGUAAUGGUGAAUGGACAUGCACUUGGUCCCCUACAUCAUGGUGCUGAGGACAUGGACAGCAGAGCACUAUCAGGAGAAGAACUGUCUGCUCCAGAUGCUGUUUCCAUGGCAUCUUCAGCUGCAGUGAAUUUGGCCCCUGCACCAACUUCCAGUCAGAGGACUUGUGAUAGCCCAGAUGACUCUUCUUUGGACUUGGUGAGCGGAGCAGGCUCUUUACCAGAGACUAAUGUUGCAACUACUUCCUCUUUGUCAUCCUCUCAGAGCAGAGGGACAAUAGAGGCACAGAGGACAGCAGACCAGCAGCAGGACUUUUUGGACCCACAGAGCCCCAAACCUGCAGACAGACCAAACAGCCCCCACUCCAAAUCCGGCAGUCCACCUCCUCUUACCACUUCUCUCACUACUGCACUGGAGGAGCGGGGAGUUGUGAACAGUGACUUUGCCAAUGGGCUCCCAGGGCCUGAUGUUUCUGUGAGAGCAGAGGCACAGAAAGUGGACAGUGAGAAUGGGGAGGAGGUUCGGCCUGUUGCCCUAGACUCUGCUCUGGCCUCAGUGACUGAUCAUGUUCAUUUAGCUGCAACACCAGCUGCACCCACUGCCAGUCGCCCCAAAUCUUGGGCCAGCCUCUUCCACAACUCUAAGCCUCUGCCUGGUGGACCUCAGGCCUUUGUAGAGGUUAAAAAUGUUGUGGAGGUGGUUGCUCCCUCUUCUCCUGCUGCACAGGAGCAGCAAGAGAAAGUUGGGGAAGUCAAGGAAACUCCUGUCCAUGUCUCUGAAGAUCCCAUGGCCCCCAAACUUGCAGAAAUUAUUGAGAAUGUGAAGUUGAUACAUAAACCAGUGUCUUUGCAGCCAAGGGGACUGAUCAACAAGGGAAACUGGUGCUAUAUUAAUGCUACACUGCAGGCCCUAAUUGCUUGCCCACCCAUGUACCACCUGAUGAAGUCUAUUCCUUUGCAUAAUGAAAUGCAGAGACCAUGUACCUCCACACCUAUGAUGGAUAACUUUGUAAGACUUGUGAAUGAGUUCAACAACAUGCCUGUGCCAUCAAAGACCAAGCAACAAGCUGGAGACAAAGUUGUGAAAGACAUCCGGCCUGGCGCACCCUUUGAGCCUACAUACAUUUACAAACUUCUUACACUUAUUAAGUCAAGUCUUUCUGAGAAGGGACGGCAAGAGGAUGCAGAAGAAUAUCUUGGCUUCACUCUCAAUGGUCUACAUGAAGAGAUGCUGGCACUGAAAAAACUUAUCUCACCUCAGGAAAAUGCAGAAGUUUCCGCGCCAAAUGGACCAGACAUUCAAAUGGGGGCAGAGGAAGAGGAUGCUGAAAAAGAGGAAGAUGGGAGUGAGGAUGAGUGGGAGCAAGUUGGUCCUAGAAACAAGACUUCAAUCACUCGACAAGCUGACUUUGUCCGCACACCAAUCACUGACAUAUUUGGUGGGCACAUAAGGUCGGUGGUUUAUCAACAAAACUCCAAGGAAUCAGCCACACUUCAGCCUUUCUUCACUCUGCAGCUGGACAUCCAGUCAGAAAAGAUACGUACAGUCCAGGAGGCUUUGGAAACAUUGGUAGCUCGAGAGUCUGUCCAAGGAUACACUUCAAAAACUAAGCAGGAGAUUGAGAUCAGUCGUAAGGUAACAUUGGAAGAGCUGCCACCUGUCCUCGUGCUCCACCUCAAAAGAUUUGUCUUUGAAAAAACUGGAGGUUGCCAGAAACUAACAAAGAUUAUUGAUUACCCUGUCGACCUUGAAAUAAGCAAAGAUCUGUUGUCUUCUGGAGUUCGGAGUAAAGUUUUGAAAGGCCAAAGAACUUACAGGCUCUUUGCUGUGGUCUAUCACCAUGGAAACAGUGCAACAGGCGGUCACUACACCACGGAUGUCUUCCACAUCGGUCUGAAUGGCUGGUUGCGCAUUGAUGACCAAGCCGUGAAAGUCAUCACCCAGUAUCAGGUGGUGAAGCAGACUGCAGAGCGCACCGCCUACCUGCUGUACUACCGUCGUGUCGACCUGCUGUAGACACUUAAACACACUCGCAAGGAACCGGACGCAAGAAUACGCCACUCGCACUCAAAAUGCAGCAAAUCUACAUAACACACACCAAUCUAAUGAACAGGAACACUGCCCAACUUGUUUUCUUGCAUUUUUUUUCUUUUCCCCUCCUGCUUUUCCAAGAACCAGCUUUUCCAACUCUGUUGGAGAAGAGAAACUAACUCCGUUCACAUAAAGCUCCUUGUGACUGCUCUCCUCUGUACACCACUGCUGUUUUUCAUUUGGAUUCAUCAGUGUGAAAGGACAGGUGACUAGAUGGAGGUGAGGUUUUAUCUUUGGACCUGAGACUCUGUUCUGCACAAGCACACUGCUUGGACCAGAAUUGGUGAAUUUGUAUAUGGGAAGAUCUAUCCACCACAGACUGAAAAUGAAUGGCUGGGGAGACCUCUUGGGUUUUGGUUUGAAAAACCUUUUUCUAAGGAUGAGAUAUCAACGCCUGCCUUUACACAGGAAAACUGCUGUCUUGAUGAAUUUGCAGCCGUUUAAAAGCCUGUUUGCUUUGAAAUGGCCCAGCACCAGCAUUAUCAUUAGUCACUUUGUUAAAAGGCCAGAUUAUGUUCUCUGCCAUCUCCCAGUCUCCAUUUCCUCCCGUUUUUCUGAUCUACGUACAACUUGAGCCAAUAAAAGCAGGGAAUAAGAUAGGGGAAUAAAAUCUGAGCAGCUUCUUGUAUGAGAGAUUUGUGUAGUGCUUUCAGGGUUUAGAUUUAGAAAGACCCAUCUCUUAAAAAUGCGCUUUAGAAGUUAAGUCAUAAUUAAAGCUUUUCUGCACAAAGUGUACAUUUGACUGGCAAAUAAAUAUUUUGCAAAUACUUAGAUUUAAAGUAUAUCAAUGAAAAUAAAUUCUAGCUAAAAAAAACAAACUUUUUUGCGUCCUGAAGGACUGCAAUGGUUUUGAGACUCAGUUCUUGCACUGGAGAGAAAGCAACUGAUAGUGAUUCCACUGCAAACCUGCUCUUGUUUACUUUUUAUGUUUCCAUUGUUUUUCUUUAGAACAGAAGUUCAUCUUUGUGGAUGAGGCCUAUCGGUUUAGUCUUCAGCUGUGCCACUUUUCCACUUAAACUCAGUGGUGAGGGCACCAACAUGUCCAGGUUGAGACUCAAGGGGAAUGUACCUGAACUUACAUGACUGCAUUUAAUCUUGGCUCAGCGUUUAUCCUCAAAGUAACACAAGACGUUAGUCUGGGACAUGCGCACAAGGGGACAUAGUGUUUGCUUUUGUUUAAUAUAUUUCAUUUUUACUAUCCAUGGAUUGUGAUCUUUUUUUUUGGUUUACUAAAACAUUUGUUUAUUUCAUUAAUGUUCCCAUCCUCUAUUCAAUCACAAAAUGCUAAAAUUGGUAUUGGAAAUUACAACAGCUAAAGCACAACGAAUAAAACUAGUUCUUUGCUUGA